CUGGGGGAGGAGCCUCGCGUGCCAUUUAUAAUCGACACUGUCGCCAGCCAUUCACCGUGCCUUAAUCCUGCUAAACUACCUCGAUGACAUCUACGUGGAAUGCCCCCUCUGGUGUCUCCGUUUACCACGAUACAUCAUGGGUUCCCAGAAUCGUGAGAUAGCGCGCUACGAGACCACUGCGGUCUACACCCACCCGGAGGCCAAGGUCGACAUUGUCCUCGUCCACGGCCUCAACGGCUCGCCUGACAAAACAUGGACGGCCAAGAACGGCGUGUUCUGGCCGCUCGACCUCUUACCGACCUCUUUGAGGGAUGUCCAGGCCAAUAUCAUGGUGUACGGCUACAAUGCCGACGUGUACUCGAAGCGGAAUGAUCAAAGCGCUAGCGACAACUUCAUUCACCAGCAUGCACAAACCCUCAUCACAAAUCUCACUCUCUAUCGCAAAAGCGAAGGCACGUUCCAGAACCCAAUCAUAUGGGUGUGCCACAGUCUAGGUGGCAUCCUCGUCAAGCGGGCCCUGCUCUACUCCAACGAUGUGCGGGCGGCCCAUCAUGAAGAUCACCGGUCAAUCUACGUCUCUACCUACGGACUGAUCUUUCUGGGCACCCCGCAUGCGGGCUCGGACGGCGCAACCUGGGGUCUCAUACUGCAGGCCAUGUCAGAUGCGAUUAUCCCCAGGAAGUUCUUCGAGUCGGAGUCAGUCCUUCUGAGGACGCUGAAGAAGGAAAACGAGACUCUCGCCAACAUCAACAGUCACUUUUUGGACAUUUACCAACGCUUUCGGAUUCACAUGGCUCACGAGAACCACAAAACCGACCUCAAGGGGACCAGCGCACUUAUCGUCGACGCCAACUCAGCCAGCCCCCAGUUGCCUGGUGUGACGUACUAUGGUAUCGAGGCAACUCAUACCGGGAUGUGCAAGUUUGCUAGCCCAAGCGCACCGGGCUAUCGGAACAUCUCGACGGAUAUCCGGCAGUGGAUUAUAGAUGCGCCUGCCAUGAUCCAAGUGCGCUGGGAGGUUGAAGAAGAGGAGAGGCGGGCUCGUAUUAGAAACGAGAUGAGCGAGAGAAUGUCACCAUUCGGAGGUUCAUUCACUGGGCCAUCAGCUGGCCCCUCUACUAGUCCAUCCGCCGGUCCAUCUACAAGUCUAUCGGCCGGUACACCGGCUGGUCCAUCUACCAAUCUCUCCGCUGGCCCAUCUAACCCUCAAUCACGCCCAUAUGCCGACCAAGAGCCGAUCACACUCAUCAAGGACCAAACGGCGUCGAGACCGGUUCGCUUGGAAAACCCCGAACCGGUGUUCCUCCAAGAUAUUGAUGAACCUUUGUUUAUCCACCCCGAUCGGUUUCGACCAAACUCCUACUUCCGAGGACGUGACCGCGAGUUGAAUGAUCUUCACCGCAUGCUAAUGGACAAACAUCGCCGAGAUCAGGGCACGUCAGCUGUCUUGAUUUGGGCAGUACCUGGAGGCGGAAAAUCACACCUCGCGAGGGAGUAUGCCUUCAGGCAUCGACAUCACUACCCGGGUGGGAUUUUCUGGAUUCGAGGCAAGGCACAGGAGGACCUCGAGGAUGGCUUCUUGAGAAUGGCUAAGAGUGCAAGCAUUCGAGAGGGCAUCCGAGUCAAAAACGAGUCUGACCUACGAGACCCAAGCAGAGCUAUUCCUUUGGUUCGAAAGUGGCUCAACCGGUCCGAAAACUGGCUCUUGAUCCUGGAUGGUGUUUUGUCUGACGCUCACGGGUUGGCCAAGUAUAUUCCUGACGCAAGGAACACGAGCUUGAUUCUAACGUCAACGGACACCUCGAUUGCUGGUGAUCACCAGUUCGACAGCCCUCAGAAGAUAGAGCUGAGGCCACUCAGCGAACAAGACGCUCAGAUCAUGUUGCUCGAAGAGAUGGACAAGCGGAAGCCUUGGACUCAAGACGAUAUCAGCCGCGCGCUCGAAACUGUUCGACUCAUGGAAUGCCUACCACUUGCGAUCCACGCUGCGGCUCGACAGUUGAGGGCAACCCGGGAGCCAUUGUCCAAGUACAUCCGCGCCUACAAGAACCGGCCACGAACUGGUGGCCUGGAGGCCUACAACCGCGUCCGGGAGAAGCUACAGGAGCGUGGCGAAACUGCGGCGCUCAACUUGAUGUAUCUCCUGUCUUUCUUUAGUGCGCGGAUCCCAGUCGAGAUGCUUGCGCUUGGUCGUAAGGCACUCGACAAACGGACGCCUGUCCGGACACAUGACUCGAUGGGAAAGCGCAGUCUCAACAAAACCUUUACCGUCCUCAUCGCUUUCGCUCUCAUCGAGCGCGAUGAGAUUGAAGAUGCUCCAUCCGCAACUACGUCAAGCCCGUCAUCAUCUCACACCAGCCCGACAUCUACGGAACUUCUAGACAUGCUCAAGAUUCACAGCAUUGUUCAGACGUUCUUCCGUGAGACGUUGAAGAAGGAAAACCAGUUCGAGUUCUGGCUGGAGAGAGCAGCCGCAGUGUUCUGCAAGUCGUUCGACGAGGGCGACUCUCGCGCCAGAGAAAACCCGGAGAUGGGCCUUCCGGACGACUACCGCAGAUAUGCAGCUCACGCUCGCAAAAUCCUUGAACACAUUGGCCAAGUCAAAAAGCCGACGCCCGAGUUGCGGGAGGCCGAACUGGCUCUGCAAAGCCGACUCGGGGAUAUACAGGGACAGGUUUCCACCAUGUCAAGCACAGUGACGACAACGGCCUUUGAAAAUAACGGCAGGGACCCACAUGUGUCUGUCUUUGAGAGAACAAAUAGCUUGUCAGUUUCCAGUUCUGCUACAUCAAGCGACAGCAAAAAUGACGGCUCGCGGGACAUUGGGCAGCAAGGGGUGUGGGAUCAGCAACUUGGUUUGCCUGGCCUAGAAGCAAAUCCUCACCACUAUCAUGUCCCUUACCCGCAACAGAGCACGAUUCCAGUGCCAGAGUUUCUCCAUUACGAAGAUGCCGGGAACUGGGAUGCGUCGUCGUCUCAGCACGAAGCCCAAGACGUGCAGGAGACACACCGCACCUUGCGAUGGAAGGCCGCGAGAAGGUAUCACGACCGCGCCGGAGCAUGGCGCGAGACGAAGCAGAAGGUGAUUGAGCCGCGUGUUAGUAUCAGCAGAGAGGUGGCCCUGGGUCAAUUCUCUCCGCCGGCGUCUACUCUGUCGCACUCGGUUCAUGCGCGAGGGGAGGCCUCAUCGCCUGUCUUCACCGACGCAGGACAGCAUCUCGCUCGCCUUCAGAAUGCAAGUCAGCGUGGGUUGAGCGAGGCCGAACUUGAUAAGAGCGAAGUCCAAAGAGUUGGUGCGGGAAAGGAACGGUUGGCACUAGAAGAACACUUUGGGCAUGCCGAGAACUACCAGGAGAGCAGAAUCAAGGGAAACGGAAGCCCGCCGGUGUCAAAAGCUCUAAAGGUCAAGCCGCGCACUGAACUUCCUUACCACAGCCAGGAUGCCUUUGACGAGCACCCAUUCUUUGAGGUGGGCAGCUUUGGCACAGGGUCAAUCCCAUCUAUACACCAUCAUGACAAUGGGGAAUGGCGACCGAUAUCUCGAGACGGCGCUCUUAGGCGUCUUCCAGAAAGUCAUUCGGACUCUUGCCUCGAGGCUGACGUCGGUCAGUGGGCGCCACCAGGUCUACCUGUGGUGAUCAGCUCGACUAGUACUCUGGGUCCCGCAACUCAUCGGCAUCGCCCGAUAUAUACUCACCACAGAGCCAGAGACUCGGGGUACGCCGGCGAGACAUUCUCAAACUCACUCCCCAGCAGCCAAGGGAGCACUCUCCAGCCUCCACUAUGGCGUCCAUCCACCCUCAACCCAGACGGCUACACCUCUCAGCCUCUCUCCCGUAACCCCUCCUCGAACCACGACAACUUCGCCGCAGAGUACCACGGCUCUACUUCUGGAAGCGCGACGUCACAGAACAUGCCGAUACAUACGCGCCGGGCCCCAUCAACGGCGAGGACGGAGCCCUCGCCGCGAAUGGGCGGCUUCGAGAGCCCGCCCACGAGCUACCAGGUCUGGCAGCAGCGCCACGCGGGGCCCUGGACGACGGAGCAAAUCUCACGGCGGGACUUGCCUGGGGUCGUUUCGUCUUCGGCGUCGGACGGCGUGGAGAUGGUCAGGUCUGGGUCCGGGGGAAUCCAGUUCAAUGGUCGCAUCGUGGAGUUUGGCCAGUCUCCGCUGGGCGACAGUAUGUAUCCGCUCGAAAUCGCCGAGUCGGAGGCCCUUCGGGAAGCAGACGAUGUCCAGCCCCAAGGGAGAAGGUUGGCAGGACUUGGGAUCAUGAGGGAAGAUCGAAGAGGGCGAGGAUCGCCGCUGUAGUAGCAUGAUGGAGAAGUUUUGGAGGGAGCUUUGGCGUUGGUUCUAUACAAGAUUUCCUUUUUCACAACAACACGGAUUAUCAUCAAGUUUAAAAAUAGAGGCGUUUAUCUUUAGCAAUACAAGAAGUUGAC